UUUAUCUGUAGUAUUCACAAUGGUCAACAUUCCCAAGACCAGAAAUACCUUCUGUAAGGGUUCUAAGUGUAGAAAGCACACUCCCCACAAGGUCACUCAAUACAAGGCUGGUAAGGCUUCUCUCUUUGCCCAAGGUAAGAGACGUUACGACCGUAAGCAAUCCGGUUAUGGUGGUCAAACCAAGCCCGUUUUCCACAAGAAGGCUAAGACUACCAAGAAGAUUGUCCUUCGUCUCGAAUGUACCGCUUGUAAGUACAAGAUGCAACUCGCCAUCAAGAGAUGCAAGCACUUCGAAUUGGGUGGUGAUAAGAAGACCAAGGGUGCCGCUCUUGUUUUCUAAAUCUCUCCAUCAACAACAAACCAACAGCAUAUUCAACCCAUCUUUUAUUGUUACUGUAGCACUCAAUUUCGUCACCAUAUUUUGACUACGGUUAUUGUAACUUAAGGUCUAUAUUAUGUUGUAUAUGGCUUGUCAAAUAAAAGAAACAUUAAAAAAUAGUUGUAAAAAAUGGAUUCAAGCUGCAAUAUGAAUUCCUGCUUGUGUAUAACAUGAAGUUGAU